CGACUUUACCUAACAAUACACAGAAAGCGUUUGUUGGGAAAGUAAAUUGAAAAAAGCUUGGCAACUCUCCAGUUUGCAGCUAAGGAUAACAGGAUAACAUCUCUCUUCUCUCUUUCUCACUUGUUCAACAACAAUGGCGACCGCAUCGCCUUCAUCAAUCUCCUUCUUCUCCUCCUCCAUUUUCCUCUCCACUCCCAACCCCUCCCCCAAAACCCUCCACUUCCCCCGCCUAAGGCCGCGCGCCGCCGCAAUCCAGGCGGAGCUGGCCACAGUCCCCGUGCUCUCCUUCGAAGGCAACCAGGUGGGAACCACCACCCUCAACUUAAAAUCCGCGCCCCCGGAGACCGCGCGCUCCGUCGUCCACCGCGGCAUCACCACCGACCUCACCAACCGGCGGCGCGGCACGGCGUCCACCCUCACCCGCGCCGAGGUCCGCGGCGGCGGGAGGAAGCCCUACCCGCAGAAGAAGACCGGCGGCGCCCGCCGCGGGUCGCAGCGGACGCCGCUCCGCCCCGGCGGCGGCGUCAUCUUCGGCCCCAAGCCCAAGGACUGGUCCAUCAAGAUCAACAGGAAGGAGAAGAGGCUGGCGAUCUCGACCGCCAUUGCGAGCGCGCUGCAGAACACGAUCGUUGUUGAGGAUUUGGAGGAGAAAUUCGAGAAGCCGAAGACGAAGGAGUUCAUCGCGUUGAUGAAGAGGUUAGGGUUGGACCCGAAGAGGAAAUCGAUGUUUCUGAUGACGGAGGUGCCGGAUAGUUUGCGGCUGUCGAGUAGGAAUGUGGGGACGCUGAAGAUGCUGACGCCGAGAACGCUCAAUUUGUUCGACAUUUUGGAUGCGGAGAGCUUGGUUCUCACCAAAGGGGCGGUCGACUUCUUGAAUGAGAGGUAUGGAUUAGAUGAAGAUGAUGAGGAUGAGGAUGAGUUUGAAGAAGUGGAGGAUGAUGCUGCUGAUCAAGGAGCUGAGGUAGAAGGGGACACCGAUUCAUCGCAGUGAAACUCUCUCUCAACCGGUGCAAACGCUAUCUAUUGCCAGAACCAACAGCCAGUAUUUGUUAAUGUUUCAGGUUGCAAGUCAUGACUGCCUGUAUUUUUUGUUAGCAAUUAGUACUGCUGCAAUCUCAAAUUUUGUAUUCUAGCUUCAUUGUUCAAUGGGUUUGCUGCUUCAAAUUUUGACCAGUAGGUGAAAAUGUUGCUAGGAUGCCUAUGUAUGUAAACCACACUAUUUUCUGGUAAAUUCAUGUUCGUCUAUCUACAA